AUGGCGCGUUCUGCAGUCUGGGGCCUGUCGUCCCUGCCUUCCCGUCAGGACAGCGGACCUCGCCACGCCGUCCCCUCAUCCCCGUCACCCACGCAGAAGGCAGAAGUGAGGAAAGCACCGCGGUCACAGCCCCACAGGGGCGGAGCCGGUGCGCUCGGGGUCUCGGAAGCCCUUCGCCCCGCCCUUCCUCCCUUCCUUCCGCCCGCCUCGCCCCGGGAGGCCGGCCGCCAGGGGCGGAGGGCGAGGCUUGCGUGGGAGGACCCGGCGCCCGCGCCUCCGGGGAGGCUGGGACUGCGCCUGCGCCCCGCGGACCCUGCGCCCGCGUCGGGCGAGCUUGGGUGGCGGCUCCUCCGUCGGCCCCGGGCGGCGCCCGCCUGUCCGCGGCCCCGGGGCCCUCUGCGUUCGCGUCUCCGUGUGGAGCCUGGGCGCGCGCCCGGGACGGAAGCGGGGCGCUGUGACCCCAAGGCCGACGUGGGGCCGGCCCGCGGGAGCCUGGACGAUCCGGGACAGGGUCCCCAAAACAGCGCCCCGUGCUCACGGAAACCCUGCGGAGCCCGCGGCCCUAGGGGGGUGUUGCGCGCUGGCACCGGGGGAACCUGGAGCUCGCCCCACUCAGCAUCAGCCCCCGUGGGUCGCCCCCACCCGACAUGGCCCCAUCGGGUGCCCCCCUCCGGUCUCAGAACCUUUCCGGCCCCCGGGGGUGGAGGGAGCCUGGAGACGGCGCCGACGUCCCGGGGAUCCGCGCUGGAAAUGGUCUGGUGGAGGCAGGAAUCCUCAGGUGCCCCGUGUGGCGCGGACGGUCUCCGAGUGUACCUUUCGCAGCGCUCGGGGCUGGACCGGCUUCCCUCCUUCCCGGGGGCCGAGCUGCGCGGAAGCGCGCUGGAGAGCCUGCUGCGGCCGGCCCUGGACCUCGAGCUGCACCGGUGGACGGGAUGGCCAUCAGAGCUGGGGAGCACCUUGAUGUCACCGUGCCAGCAGCCUGGGGCACUGCGGAAACCGCCACAAACGCGUGCGGGCCGGCGCGGGCCAAGACGGUGAACCCAGCCUGCCUUCCCCAGGCUUGCGCACACGCAGCAAGGACUUGUGCACGUGCGAAUCUCCAACUUCUAGGGGCCCCCGGUGUCUGCCACGGCCCGUGGCUUGUCGGGAAGCGUCUUCCCACCACCUGUGAGGCUGAGACCUUGUGUUCCAGGGUGCAGGGGCCACCCGGUGCAGGUCUGAGGGCUGUGUGGACGUCGGCUCAACACACGUUCUACAACCUUGGGUGUGUCACGCCAAAUCACAUGAAAUUUAUCCUCAGCUAUGACACCCAAAUAAGGCCUUGGUUACACAAUCAAUUUGGGUAAUUACAUCCUGGGGAAAAAGAGGACUGAUUUCUAUUAAAACUAUGCA